AAAUGCGAGCGAGUCGUCUGGCAAACGUUACGCGUUCCGUUUCGUUCCGCACACAACCGUUUGUUUGUUUCGGCGAACAGCCGUCGCCAAAAUUUCACAAUCAUAUUCAAAUGCAAACCGACAUCGAAACCGGAAAGAGUUAACUCUGAGCCAAGUGUUCCCGCAGGCCAAAACUAAUUUGACUUAUCAAAUAUUCAAACAAAGUGCAAAAAGUGUGAGAGUGUCUGUGGAAAAGAGAGCAUAAUAACUAAGCAUCGAUUACAGAAGAAGCACUAAAUCAAUUUAAUAUCAAAACAAUAACAACAACAAUAACAAUAAACCGCAGUCUAGCAAAUUGCGGUCCGUCGGACAGUGUCCAGCUGUCAGUUGGUCAAACAUUUCAUCAAUAAACGAUACAACUUCCGUAACAUUGCGUGCUCACCUUCAACUUCUACGUGUGUGUGUGUGUGAGUGAGUGUGGGUGUGUGCGAGUGUGUGUGUGUGAGUGUUAAUGUGCAUGUGCGUGUCUCGUAAGCGCCAAGAGAAAACUUUUCAACUUCCGGCCAAGUGACUUCGAUUUAAUUUCUUUGGCUUUUUUAUGGUCAAGGCAUUUAAUUAAUUUUACUAUGGCAAUUUGAGUUUGUCCUGCGUCCAGCGUCUGCAUUGAACUCUGACCCAAGCGGUUAAGUUUUGCCUACAAAACACACACAACAAGCGGAAGGGGUUAGCUUCAGACAUCAGGGGUCGAAAGACCCCCGCUUUUGGAAGAAAUUAAACGAAAAAACAAUAUUGAAAUGUAAUUUGCAGUUCGCAUUGCGCUAGAUUUAACAUACUGUGAUAGACGAGUAUACGAGCAGAUUCAUUGUGGAUGCUGCCUAAAUGAAAUAAUAAAUAUAUAUGACAUACACAAGGAAUUCAAUUAAAUUGAAUUCGAAUUAAGAUUACGGAUUACAAACAGCAGAAUUUUCGGCUAACGACAGAUUACAAAGGCGACAAACUGUCGACGUUAUCGAUACGCAACUUCUCGGCAAGCAUGCUGAACAAUCUUGGGGCCAAUGUGCUGGGCCCCAAGGAUUGUGAUCUACCGAAGGCGGCAAUCACAGCACUGCACGCGGGCGUCAACAGCUUUGGCCAAUUGCCCGUCGGCCCGAGCAUCGCGGACCUUGGGGGCGGUGGUGCCGGACCUGGUGGACCUGGCGGUGGUGCCAGCGUGGGUGGAGUGGCUCGACUGCAUGUUAGCGGGGGAUUGUGCGACAAUAGCAAUGUGCUAAACGGUGCCAGCAAUCACAGCAAUAACAACAACAACAACAAUCACAGCAAUAGCAACAGCAGCGGCAACAACAACAGCGGAGGCAACAGCGGCGGCAGCAACAUGCAGCAACAGGAUCAGCACCUGGACAAAAACAAGCAGAAACGUCAUCGCACUCGCUUCACGCCGGCGCAGCUCAAUGAGCUGGAGCGUUGCUUCUCCAAGACUCACUAUCCGGACAUCUUUAUGCGCGAGGAGAUUGCCAUGCGCAUCGGUCUCACCGAGUCUCGUGUCCAGGUUUGGUUCCAGAACCGUCGUGCCAAGUGGAAGAAGCGCAAGAAGACCACAAAUGUUUUCCGCACACCUGGCGCUCUGUUGCCCUCACAUGGCCUGCCACCGUUUGGGGCAAACAUCACGAACAUCGCCAUGGGCGAUGGACUCUGCGGAACGGGCAUGUUUGGCGGGGAUCGCUGGAGCGUGGGCGUCAAUCCGAUGACAGCAGGCUUUGGCCAGCUAAAUCAAUCGUCACCGCUUUCGUCCUCGCUGAAUAGCGGCCUCAAUUCGGGCAUUAACAUGGGCUCUGCCCUCGGGGCUGGCAGCUAUCAGCAUUACGGCCUCAAUGCUUUGGGCGACUCGAUGAUGUAUCAGCACAGUGUCGGCGGGGGGGUGAGCUGCGGACCGGGCGGCUCCCCGAGCGCCACUACACCGCCCAACAUGAACAGUUGCUCCUCGGUGACGCCACCGCCACUCUCCGCACAGCCAAAUGCCACACAGAACGAGCUCAAUGGCGAGCCCAUGCCACUUCACCAACAGCAGCAGGCUCAUCAACCGCAGCAGCAGCAGCAAUCUCACCAACAGCAGCAACAGCAGCAGCAAGUAUCUCACCAACAGCAACAGCAGCAGCAACAGUCAGCAACACCAACACAACAACAGCAGCAGCAGCAGCAACAGCAACAACAGCAACAGCAGCAACAUCAACAGCAGCAACAGGACAGCGGCAAUUUGCUGCCGCAUUGCCAUCAGGCCAUGCAGUCGCCAGAUGGCGCCACCGAUGAGGAUGUUUGGCGAGGACACAGCAUUGCAGCGCUGCGGCGGCGAGCUUCGGAACUAAAUGCGACUGCGAUUCCAUCGUAUUUACACCACGCUGCCGCCGCACACAACAACUACGAGCACCACAAUUCGGUCUACUGAAAUUUGUUGAAAAGCUUUGAAAGCUUUUCGGAUUACGGUUUUUCCAAUUGCGGCACUCACGAGUUUUAAGAAGCCAGCCAGCGUACAGUUUGAGAGUCAACCCCCGGCCAGCAAGCUUAGGGUUAGGUUUAAGGAUUAAGAUUAAACCAAAAGUUAUGUUUAAACGAAUUGUACAAUUUUGAUGAUGAGUUGACUCGUGUUAUUUUUGUUUUCUUUAUUUGUUCUUAUUUCGGAAAAAAAUUGUCCAAUUGUCCAUGCAGCGAACGCAACGGCGCAGAUUUUGAACUUAAAAGACUAUAAUGAAUGUAAACCAUGUAUACGAGAUGAGAACUUGAAAAGCAACUCAAUUCAAUGAGCUAUUUAGUGGAAGAUGAAGAAGAAGAAGCAGACGUAGUAGAUGAAGAACUAACUCCAUAUACAAACCCUAUAUGUGUACGACUAUUGAAAAUAUUAAAUAUAUUAGCUUAAGCUCAAAAGGAAACGGAAACGGAAACAAAAGAAGAAAAACCAAUAUGAAAACUUGCUUAAAAUAUGCAAUUUAUUUAGAAUUAACACUGAAAAUAAUAUAUUAUUAUUAAUAAUAUCACAUAGCAACAUAACUGUAUACGAAUUGUAAAAGAUUUUUAGGCAAAACAAAAAAGUCUAACAAAAAUUGUAUAAAAUGAGAAAUGAAAAAGAAAUCUAGACAUUUGUCUGGGAUGUCACAAUAAUUUUGCAAAAGUUUUCGCAUGCUUCGACUUGACUUUAAGAGCAUUAUAAUAAUAUUAAAUACUAUAUAUAUGAAUAUAUAUAUAUGCCUAUACAUAUAUGUAUAGGUUAUAUAGCAAGUACAUUUUAAGCAUUUGUAGUUGUAUUACUUAAGUGUUGUUGUUUUUGUGUAUAGCUCAUUAUUGUUUAGUUCUUUUGCUAUACUUACACACACAGAUACAUCAAUUGUUUCACUGCAAUAAACAAAGAAAAAACAAAUAACUAUGCAAUAUAGAAAAACAAAGAAAAGCCCAAUUAGAAAAAGCCACAGAAUGAGAUGAACAGAUGUCAAUGCACCGCAUAAUUGAUUAAUUCAAUAAUUAAUUAGAUGGUGUCAAGCGAAUGGUUUAAUUUUAAUAAACAUACAUACUAAAGAUACAUAACUAAAUGGAAUACUUGUAAUAGACUUUCUUCUAAUGUUUAAGCCUACAUUUAAACAAAACCCAAUGCAAAUGCUAAAAACAAAAAUCACAAAAAAAAAAAAACAAAA